AUGUUUAAAUGUACACAGUGCUCAUCUGAAUUUACACGUAAAGAUGCUUUAGUCAGACAUGGAAAAACUCAUACCGGUAUUCGUUUUCCGUGCUCUGUUUGCCCAUCGACAUUCACCUAUAAAACCAGCCUAACCAAACAUUUGAAAAAUGUUCAUGGUUUUGUUAACGUUCCGGCACAUCGUCAGCCCAAUGCACAGAUUGAUCAACCCGUUCCACAGAUUCAGAUUGGACCGCAAAUAUUUGUCCCCGACAUCCCGGCCGGUUCGUCAAAUGAAUUAUCAGAGUCAUCUGUAUGGGGAAAUGACAUCGAUGAAAUGGAUAUGGUUCGAUUAUUAGAAAACUUAGAAAAGGACGAGGAAAAAUCUAGAAAAAGCAAACGUAUGAGAAUGAACGCUACAACAUCAGAAUUUAGAGAAGUUGCUUCAGUAUUCAACGGUUAA